AGCUUCGAACAUGCCGCAGGAGGAGAGCAUCCUGCUAAAUGUUAACGAGAAGUACGGAACCACAGAGACCGAACAGGGCGAGAAGUCCAACCGCAGGGUCAACAUGAAGAUGGUGGCGGGAGCUGUUGGCCUUGUUGCCUUGGCCAUCGUUGGUGUCGUCACCCUCACGAACAAGGCCUCGUCUAAGACUGCCUUGGCCGAUGACGUGGCGAAGAGGCUCGGGUACAGCCUUGAGCGCAAGCCCAGGAUGUUCUCCAUGCUCCAGGGCGAAAACGUCGUCGCACCUGUCCCAGCCAUCUCUGCUGUUGCUGGAGCUCACGCUGCUUCUCGUGGAACUGCUGGCGAAGCCAACGCUCUCGAGUCCCAGAUCUCUGACCUCAAGAAGGAAAUCCAGGCCAUCGCGAACACCAAGGAGCUCGAGGCUAAGCUCCAGGCGAAGAUCGCACAGGACAGAAGGAAUGACGAGGCCGAUGUCGCCCACGAACUCGCUCUCCAGAAGACUCUUGCCGAGCUCAAGCUCCUCGCCAAGGAGAAGUUCGACCAGAUCAACAUGGACAAGGAGAAGGAAGGCGGUCUCACUGCUGAGGAGGCAGCUCAGCUGGACCAGCAGAUUUUGGCACUCGAGAACUCUCUCAAGGUUCUUGAGAGCAAGAUGAUGGAGAUCGAGCACGACAUCUCGGCCCUUCAUGCCCACGAGAAGAUGUCCAGGAAUGCUGUUGCCGACGGCGAGGCUGUCCUCCAUGCCGAGGCUGUCGAGCAGGCUGAGGAGGAGGCUGCCCAUGAGGCGACUGAGGCCGACGAAGCUCUCCUGAACAAGCAGUUGGAGAUCGAGUACGCCGACCAGACUGAGAUCACCAACAUCGAGGCCGAGAUCAACGCGGACAAGUCCUUUAUCGAGACCCUCAAGAAGCACAUCUCCGCCUCCACCUCCCUCUCUGAUGCUGAGAAGGCUCAGCUCGAGGCCGAGCUCAAGGCCGAGGAGGCUGACCUUGCCCGCCUCGAGGCCCAGCUCAAGGACGAGCAGGCCAAGCUCGAGAAGGAUGCCGAGGAGGGAGCCAAGCUUAGGGAGAAGUACGCAGGUGACCUUGCGAGGGAGCACUACGAUGAGAUGGAGAUCUCCAUGGACGUCAACGAGAUGCACAACAUCCUCUUCCCUGCUCCUGCUGCCCCUGCCAAGGCCAAGGAUGCCAAGGCCGAGUCGCUCAAGAGCAAGGGCAAGCCCUCGAAGAUGUAAGGCAGGGCCCCGAGCUCUCGUCACGUGGUUAAGACGUUUAGAAACGAGUUUUGACGCUCGCAUGGCACAUGAUCGCAGCUCGUGGGUUGUGCGACCGGGUGUAUCUCCAGCUGGUUUUCACGCAGUUAGCGGCAAGUAUGCUGAAUUCACUUCCCAACAACAAAGAA